CUGCUUCCGCCCCUGAACUUCCGGCAUUGAGCUUUAUAAAAGCUGUGUCUCCGCGGCGCUUGGUUGCUGUUUUGUGCCUGGCGGUGGUCGAGCGAUUUGUGUGAGGCGGGACUCGCGGAGACGCCGUUGGGUUCGCCAGGUGAAAAGCCGUCUCUUCCGCUCGCGGCCGCCUCUCUCGCCAUGGACUGCAGUCGGGAUAGGAUGGUCGCGGUGGUGCCCGGGCAGUUUGACGACGCGGAUGCGUCCGACAGUGAAAGCAUGGAAGUGAAGUCAAUUCAAGCAAAAGACGACACAGUACUUCAAAACCUUCAGAAUGAUGUGACAGAGGUAAAGGAUGAGGGUGAGAUCGACGAGGAAGACAGCUAUGAAUAUGACAGUGAUUGGUACUGGGAUGAUGGAACUGGAAAACUCACCAAGGGUUGUACCGGGAAUGGAGGCAGUAACCCUCAGGCAAAUCGUCAGACUUCUAACUACAAUUCUGCCAAAAUGUCUACUCCAAUUGACAAGUCCUUGCAAAAAUUUGAAAAUAAAAUCAAUCUAAAUAAACUGAAUAUUACUGAUUCUGUCAUAAAUAAAGUCACCGUGAAAUCUAGACAAAAAGAAGCAGAAUCGUAUCGCAUUAAGGAUAAGUCCGACAGAGCAACCGUAGAACAGGUUUUGGAUCCCAGGACAAGAAUGAUUUUAUUCAAGAUGUUGGAUAAAGAAGACAUAGAAGAGAUACAUGGCUGUAUUAGCACCGGAAAAGAAGCUAAUGUAUACUAUGCUACCACACACAGUGGAGAGAGCAGAGCAAUCAAAAUAUACAAAACUUCUAUUUUGGUGUUCAAAGAUCGUGAUAAGUAUGUAACUGGAGAAUUUAGAUUUCGUCGUGGCUAUUGUAAAGGAAACCCUAGAAAAAUGGUGAAGACAUGGGCAGAGAAGGAAAUGAGGAACUUAAACAGGCUAACAACAGCAAACAUACCAUGUCCUGAACCAAUCAAGCUAAAAAGUCAUGUUCUUCUCAUGGGCUUCAUUGGCAAAGAUGACAUGCCUGCACCACUUUUGAAAAAUGUCCAUUUGUCAGAAUCGAAAGCCCGGGAGUUGUACCUGCAGGUCAUUCAGUACAUGAGGAAAAUGUAUCAGGACGCUAGACUUGUCCAUGCGGAUCUCAGUGAAUUCAACAUGCUGUACCAUGGUGGCAAUGUGUACAUCAUUGAUGUUUCUCAGUCUGUGGAGCAUGAUCACCCACAUGCAUUGGAGUUCUUGAGAAAAGACUGUGCGAAUGUCAAUGAUUUCUUUUUCAAAUAUGCUGUCGCUGUGAUGACUGUUCGGGAGCUCUUCGAGUUUGUCACGGACCCUUCCAUCACCCCUGAGAACAUGGAUGCUUAUCUCGAAAAGGCCAUGGAAAUAGCAUCCCAAAGGACCAAGGAAGAAAAGACUAGCCAAGAUCAAGUGGACGAAGAGGUGUUCAAGCAAGCAUAUAUUCCCAGAACCUUGAAUGAAGUGAAAAAUUAUGAGAGGGAUGUGGAUAUAAUGAUGAGGUUGAAGGAAGAAGACAUGGCUUUGAAUACUCAACAAGAUAAUAUUCUAUACCAGACUGUCACGGGAUUGAAAAAAGAUUUGUCAGGAGUCCAGAAGGUCCCUGCACUCCUAGAAAGUGAAGUUAAGGAAGAGACUUGUGAUUCAGAAGGUGCUGGAAGUUCCGAGUGCUCUGACACAGACUCCGAAGAGCAGGGAGAUAAAGCCCAACGCAAGAAACACACUGCUGACCCUGACGUUGAUAAAAAGGAAAGAAAAAAGAUGGUCAAGGAAGCCCAGAGAGAGAAGAGGAAAAGUAAAAUCCCUAAACAUGUGAAAAAAAGAAAAGAAAAAACAGCCAAGGCCAAGAAAGGCAAAUAGAACGAAGAGCUGUGUUGUGGACAAUCCUCCGCUAUUUUUUAAACCCCAGGUAGAAGUUGUAGCUGGAGGAUGGCUUCUUGACUGCACCUGAGUCUCUACCAUCUCUUCCUUUGGGGACGACUGCAGUGUGGCCAUGUGAUUGCCUCAAAAUCCCAAAGCCCAUAAUGUCGGGAUCCAGCCACUGGCUCUGCUUUUAGUAGAUUAAUAUACUAUUUUAAUGAAGAACUUUGUAUAUUCUAUUUUUAUAUAUUUUCUCCUGCAAACUUUUUCAGAAGCAUCUUAAAUAUUUAAAUGUGAUAACCAUCCACGACCUUUAUAAAAGUGAGCAUAAAGGCAUUUGGACAGACUUGGGGAUAUUUGUUUUCUUUGUACAUGCCGAAGACAUGUCUGAGAUCAACGGAUUACUGAGCUGUGACUUAUAGCCUGGAGUUCCACUCAUAAGAGAAGUCAUGUGGCCAUGAUGUUGCUGUUCACAGCGGAUCUGUUCUUGUCAUAUGAUCCCACUUCAUCUUUAAUUUGCCUUUUCUAGCGAGACCUGAGCUCAUAAGACAUUUCACAUUCAGCCAUUUGUCAUGUUCGUUUGAUCAUCAAACAUUUAAGUAUUUUAGGUACUGGGAUAUAGCAGUGAAUAAAACAAAAUUACUUCCUUUGAAUUGAUUGUAUUCUUAUAGAGAAAUAAGUCACAUUCUUCCAAGAGGUUAUAAAUUAUAUAGAGAGAAAUAAUGCUGAAUAACGAGACUGCCUAGGGAAACCCGCCACACAGUGAGAUACUCGACAAAAUACUUGAAGCUGAGUCACACUGAGCUGCCUGGCACUGCAAUGGCUAAAUGGAAGGAUUCUAAGUUCUGGCCAGCCUGGGCUACUUAAACAGAUGAGGAUACAAACAACCAAGCCAAGUCAGGUGCAGAAGAACACAUAAGCAAAGCAAGCAGCCAGGGGAAGGCCCUGCAGCAAAAGAUGUCUGCAGCAUCCGAAUCAAGGGGCGGGGAUUGUCAUCAUGAGAUCCAAUGGUGUUUUCUGGUGAUGUUUUCAACAGAAGAGUGACAGGAUCAUACUUGUAUUUUGAAAGCAUCACUCUGGCAUCUGGAGAAUUGCGGAGUUGGAGGGUGAUUGAUUGGCUAUGCUUCCCAGCGCAGGUGAAGGAUGCUGGGAGCUUGGCUUAGGUUGCUAGAAGUGGAUGUGGAGUUAGUCUAAGAAAACAAAUGAGUUAGAACAGAAUAGUAAAAGAUGACUUCAGAGGUUUGUGAUCAAGAAGCCACUGAGACCACUGGAGUCACUGAUGAGAGAGGCAUGUGGGUGGGGUAAACUUCCUGGUAGGAUCAUUGCACCAGAUAGAUAUCCUACAUGGCAGGCCAGAGUUUCUUAUUAGAUGCAGUUUCCAGCUACUUGUUUGAUGGUGGGUUAUAGUGGGGACCAACUUAACUCUGAUCAUAAGUUCAGAACAUGCUUCUUUCUACUUUAAAGUUCACAAUGUGAAAUGGGGUUUCAGUGAAACACAAAAGUCCUAAAAAAGCCCAGUUUACACAGUGUUGAGAGCAAACUUAUCAGCUCUGUGCACAGUCAUCUUCCAUGCCUUCUGAUUCACUUAUACAAGUUUAUGUAGAUUCGUAUUUUACCUUUAAAAAGUAACUUCUCUUGUCCCAGCAUUAAGGUUAAACCAUGUGGACUCAAAGCUAAGUCAAAGCAGAAUUGUGCCUCCUGGUUCAGACCUACCUGGUGUAAGUUGUCAUUCGAAAUGCCCUGUUAUGGUUUAGAUCCUAAGUGUUCAAGUAUGUUAAAAGCUUGAUCCCAAGUUGAUAGGGGUAUUCCUCAGUAAGUGUAGAAUGGGGAGGGGAGGGGGCUGAGGUCAUUGAGGGUGCUCUUGCUGGAGUAUUGGAUCCUGGCGCUUUCCUCUGCUUCCUGGCCACAGUGAUACAAGCAGCUUUCCUUUGUCAGUGCCUUAACCUGCUGCCUCACCACAGGCGACACAGGUCAGAAUGAAUGUUUCUGUUGUUUCUUUAGUCUUCUUCCUUCAUCCACCUUAACUCAGGCACGUUGACUACAGGUACUCACUGCCACUAUUAAACUCUGUCUGGUAUUUUGCACAGCCACAAGAAACUUAACAUGGACCCUUUGCAUUAUGAAAUUCAGAUUUCACUUAUGGACAAAGCUAGGGAACUUGUAUAUUCAGAAUAGCAUUUUCAGUUUUAUCUGAUCUUCAGUUUUAAAACAGAAUUGACCAGUCAUGAUGACACACUAUUUAAUCCUAGCACUGGGGAAGCAGAGGCACAUAGAUUCGGAGCCAAUCUGGUCUACAUAGCAUGCUCAGUCAAGGGCUAUGUAGUCACUAACUCAGUGAGGCCCUCCCUAUUCACUUGGUUUCGUACUGUUUUCUGUGUCCUCGAGAGCCUGCAAACUUUAUCAUUCAUUAUUUUUCUGUAACUCCCAAUGACAAAGUAACUUGCAUAUUGAAUUUACUUACAUAUAUAGCCUCAGACCAGACUGUAAAUUCACAAGGGCAGGGAUUUGUCUUUGUUAUUUUGUAUCUCGGCACCUGUCCUGUGCUGAGAUAUAGUUAACCCAAUAGGUGUUUAAAUAAUGUUAUUCUGUUAACAAAGCAAAUAUGAGGAUAUCACACAUGCCUCUUGCACAUAAAGAUGGAAAUUAGAAAUUGGUGUAAUCACACACACACCUCUUGCUCAUGAAGAUGGAAAUUAGGAAUUGGUGUGAUCAGUGUACACCCUUCAGACUUGCAAUAAGGCCAUCUGGAUACCAUGGAAAGUGCUCAACCUAAAAGGUUAGUUCACUUAAUCCCAGUGCAAAAGUAGAUGGGAAUGGGGCAGCCCAGUCCAUAUUCUGAUGUUUUGGCAUGGAACAUGGGCAAGGCUUUCUGAGGGGUGGGGUGCCAACUAGUCUUUAGCUCCCUUACUUGUUCUGAUAACCUUGUGACACUGGGGAGUCACUUCUCUUUGGGGAAGAAGUCCUCAUGUGUCAGUUGUGGGACUUGGACCGAAUGAUCGCUAAAAUGUCAUCUAAAAUGCACUCGUUUGCAGUGCUUCAUGGAGCCCAGGCUGGCUUCUAGCUCCCGUGUAAUCAGGAAUGGUCUUAACUUCUGACCCUUCUGCUUUUGUUUCUUUCCCAAGUGCUGGGAGUGGAAGUGUGGUACCACACCCUGAUGUCUGCAGACUAGGAGAGUGGAGCCCGGAAAAGAGGAGUCACGUGAGUAAAGCGUCCAAUCACAAACAUGUUUCCAUAGGCCUAGGACCAAGUAGCAGUGGCCAGCUGUGGCAAGGAAUCUCAUAGCACACGCUCCUGUCUGCUGCACCUGGAGGGACUCUCGAAAGCCCAGUGCAAGACCAAUGCCGUGUUUGGAAGAAACUGAGGUCACAGACUCUUGUUUCUUGGAGUUUUUUCACAAGCUUUCAGAAACCUCACAUGACUCCAUUCUUGGACCAUGUUCUGACAUCCUGUUGUAUACAGCGUUGGGAUUAAACCCAGGGCUCCCCACAGGCUGUGCAAGCACGAACUCAGAUUAUCUCCAGCUUAUAAUUAUUUUAAAAUCUAUCUGAUGUGACUUUUUUGUUUUGUUUUGUUUUUGUUCCCGAGACAGAGUCCCACUGUGUUGUCCUGGCUGGACUCAAACUCACAAAGACCAGAUCAGUGUUUUUGAAAAGACUGUUUUAAACACCAGAGGGCCAGGUUGAAAUCACUUCUUGUUUAUUAGGACUAAAAUAAAUGGAUUUAAAGUGCAGGCCAACAUAAGUCAGGUUUGCUAGUCCAUGAGUCAUUAGGCAGCCUUUACCAUGCUCUGGGAAUGCUGUUAAUUGUCCUUUUGUUCCACUAGAGGGAGACAUGUUACUGAGUGCUGAUAUUUAACCUGCAUUAUUGGCAGCCGAUGCACUGACUGGAAGAAGGGUACUCACAGGGGGCACAGAAGUAGCCAUGUGUAUCACUUUACUUUCCCCUAAAGACUCACAGCCCUGGGGGCUGGAGAGAUGGCUCAGAGGUUAAGAGCACUGGCUGCUCUUCCAGAGGUCCUGAGUUCACUUUCCAGCAACCAUAUGGUGGCUCAAAACCAUCUGUAAUUCGAUCUGGUUCCCUCUUCUGGCCUGCAGACAGAACACUGUAUACAUAAUAAAUUAAUAAUAAUUAAAAAAAGACUCACUGGCUCAUUUGGAAGCUCAGCUUCUAAAUUAGUCCCUGCCUAGAACCCCUGACAGUUGUUCCUCAGUAUAUAUUUUGUAGAAGUCGUAACUCAUCAAGGUGUGGUAGAGCACACCUCAAUCACAGCACUUGGGACAGAGGCAGGGCAGCCACACAUGUUGGUGGUUAGCCAAGAUCAGACUGUGUCUCAAAACCACAACAGCAGAAGUGGGUUUUUCCCUUGGAGAUAAUGCACACUUCAUAAGAUGUUUACAGAAACACCCAUGAAGGGCCAUAGACUCUGUGCAAUGUGCUGUUCACUUGCUGAUUCUUCAUCUUGCUGGGCCUUGUUUCCCUCCUUAGCUGUCAAACCAGGGCUGAAUGGAGAACGGCUUAGAGGCUGCGCUGUUUAAUAGCUUUUUAGAUACAGGCAGGCUAUAUGUACAAUAUAUGAAAGAAAAUAGGGCUUCUUAACAAACAAGAAGACAUGAAGUAAAGAUUGAGUAUCUGUUAUUUAAAAUACUUUGGAUCAGAAAUGUAAGUUUUUUUGAUUUCCAUUUUUGCAUAGACUGGUUGAACAUCCUGAUUCAAAAUUGGAAAUUUUUCAUCAUGUUAUUGUGAAAAAACUCAGAUUUUGGAGCAUUUCCAAUUUGGGGAACUCACAUUGUUCUCUGUGUCUUCUGGAGUACUUUGUUAGCCUGGUGAUUUGCUCAGAUUCUUCUGCCAAAAGUUGUUAGGGAAGACAGACUAGAAGUGCUCAAUGAUUCUGAGCACUGUCGGCUCUUCCAGAGGACCAGGGUUCAAUUCCCAGCAUCUGCAAGUGGCUCACAACCAUCUGUGACUAGUUCCAGAGGAUUCAAUGUCCUCUUCUGACCUCCAGGAACUGCAUAUGUACGGUACACAGAUAGUCAGACACUCAUACACAUAAAAUAAAAAUAAAACCUCAAAAAAAUUAUUUAAAAAAAGAACGUAGCUCCAAGCUUCCUUUCAUUCCUCCUCCAAGAAUGGUGUGUCUUUUUAAUUUCUUGUUUUAGAAACAAAAAAAUCCACAAGAAAAUUUUCAUUCCACUCACUAAAUACAUUUCUAUUUAAUUAUUUUUGAGGUUUCAAUUGUGAGGACGAUGCUUCAGGAAAUCACACACUGAACGUGUGGUGGACAUGUCAGGACUGUUUGUUUGGAAGUUUGUGUUUGUGAGGUUAGGAUGUCCGGGUUUUUGCCAAUGAUGGCAUCUAUUACACGACGGGAUUAAGGGAAAUGUAAUACAGGCAAGUUAACACCAUGAAUGUUUAUAAAAACAAAAAGAGGUGAAGCGUGCAGGGGAGAUGGUUUAGUGGACGAAUUGGUUGUCACGAAAACAUGAGGAUAGGAACUGGAGUCUCCAGAGCCUACAAAAAUGUCAGGUGUGUGGUGACACACCUAUAACCUCAGACAUGGAAGGAGGAAACCGUGAGCUAGUUUAUGCCAACGUCACACGACUAGCGUCAUUUGGGAAGAGGAAAAUUCUCUUUGUAAAUGUGCCCCCACCAGAUUGGCCUGUGGGCAAGCCUGUAGGGCAUUCUCCUGAUUGAUGAUUGGUAUUAGGGGGCCCAACUCACAGUGGGUGGUGCCACCUCUAGGCAGGUGCCCUGAGUUCUAUGAGAAAGCAGGCUGAGCAAGCCACGAGGAGCAAGUCAGUAUCAUUCUUCCAUGGCCUCUGCUCCAGUUCCUCCCUCGAGUCUUGCCUUGACUUUCCUGGAUGAUGGACUUACAAGCUGUAUGAGGUUACAAUUGCAGCAGAAAUUCCCCACGUGUUGGAGCACUGUCAGAUGCUCACCGUGUGGUGGUGUGGAGUAGAGCUGUCCUGAGCCUGGACAAGCUGUGCGUGCUGUGGAUGACUGUGAGUAGGUUCCAGAUGUCCGACAUUGAGCUAUUUACACUGUUGGGCUCAGGGUUUGCUUUGAUCUGAUUGUAACUAUGCCCUGGCUUGUUUUUGAAAUAAGUAUUUAACUUGUGUUUUACUUUAUAGGCACCCACAGUUGAGAAACUAGAUAUUUUAAAGAGGUUCUGAACUUUGACAGAGAUGUUCAAGCGUCAAAGAGAAUAUUUUAAAGAGAUUAAGCUUUUAAAGCAUUUAAUUUUUAAAGACUGGAGCUUUUAAAAUUUGGAAUGUUUUAUAUUGUGAUAUUGAUAUUAAUAUGAAAAUUUAGGAAUGAACAAGAAAGGAAAGUUUAUGACGUAAGUUACUGGUUUGUGUGUCAAGUUGACAAGGGGUCCAUUGUACUGGUUGGUUUCUGUCAACUUGACAUAAAACUAGACAAAUCCAGGAAGAAGGAAUCUUCAAAGAGAAAACACCUCCAUAAGAUGGGUGUGUAGGUAAAUCUGUGCGGAAUUUUCUUAAUUAGUGAUUAAUGUAUAAGGGCUAGGCCAUUUGGUGGUGCCACCCCUGGUCAGCAGAACCUGGGAUUGAUAAGAAAGUCUAAGCAAACCAUGAGGAGCAAGCCAGUAAGCAGCAUUCCUCCAUGGCCUUUGCUUCAGUUAUUGCCUCUGGGUUCCUGCUCUGACUUUCUUCUGUGAUGGAAUAUGCUGUGGAAGUGUACACAGAAAUAAACCCUUUCCUCCCCAAGUUGCUUAUACCUGUGGUAUUUUAUCACAGCAAUAGAAACUUUUACCUAAGACAGACAGGGGUCCACAGAGAAGCUGACUAGCUAGCCUAACAGUUAGCAGUGAGCCCUGGAUUCAGUUGAGAGACCCUGCCUCAGUCAAUAAGGUAGAGAGCAAAUGAAGAUGGCUUCAGACUUCCCUUGAGCCUCCACACUCAUGCUUACACCCACACAUUGGAACUGUGUGUACACAUUCACAUACUACAAUGUGGGUUAUUCUCACCUAUUCCUAAUAGGCACAGUUCCAUUUAGAAUAAAGGCUAACAGAAUCUUUUUAGACUUGAAAAAUGGUGACCAUAUCAGAAUUGCAUAGUUAAAACCAUGCAUCGAGAUACUAUAAAAUGUAUAGAACAUUCAUUUCAUUUUCAGUCAGUAAUAUUGAUACAGAUAGUAGGAAGUCGUGGUUUAACUGAAACGUCUUAGAUUUUUUUUCCCUCUGUGCUUAGGAACAUAUGUGUAUGCUUAUAAGGGUGGGUGGGUAGAGACUGGAGGUCAACAUUGGAUGUCUCCCUCAGUGGCUUUUCCCCUCAUUUUGGAGGCAUGGUGGUCUCUCAUCAAAUCCUAAGCUCACUGAUUCUACUAGCCUGGUUGGCCAAUGUGCUGUCUUCCACACCAUCUUGACCCUGGCACUGGAGCUACAGGGGUGCUGCUGUACCCAUCUUUUUAUGAGCUCUCUGGGGAUCUGAACUUGGGUGUUUAUGUACUUGACCAGCUGAACCAUCUCCAUGAUUUUUUUUUCUUUUGAAGAGAUGAUGUUUCACUGUUUCCCAGGUUAUUCCUGAACUCUUGAGCUCAAAUAAUGUUUCCACCUCAAAUUCCUAAUUAGGUAUACUAUAGAUGUAUGCUUGGCCUUGUCCAGCCAGGUGGUGGUGGCUCACGCCUUUAAUCCCAGCACUCAGGAGGCAGAGGCAGGCAGAUCUUUGAGUUGGAAGGCAGCCUGGUCUACAGAGUGAGUUCCAGGACAGCCAAUGCUCCACAAAGAAACUCUGUCUUGGGUGGAAAAAAAAAAAGACAAAAAAAGAAAACUCAAGUUUUUCCUGGUUCAGUGGUGCAAACCUUUAAUCCCAGCACUUGGUGGGCAGGGGCUGGGAGGAUCUCUAUGAGUUUGAGGACAGUCUGAUCUACAUAGAAAAUUGUAGGGCUACAUAGACCCUCAGUCCUCUCCUCUCUCCAAGUAAAAAAGAAAACCCAGUUUCUAGCCCACAAUCUGUUCUAGCCUUUUAUAUAUAUAUACACACAUAUACAUAUACAUAUAUAUAUAUUUUACAGCAUAUAUUCUGCCUUUUAAAUUUUCUAAGUGGUUUUUACUAAAGCAGCAUACUGAGUUCUGUCAAAGAGGGAAGACAUUACUGUAAUGGAAACCUAAGUAGCUGCCUGGUUGCUGUGGCUCGUAGCAAGGGGGCAUCAUUUCUCAUCUGGUCAUAGCUCUUCUCCAUAAUGAAAUUGGCCAUGUGGUUAAGAGUCCAUCAGGUAGUGAGCAGGAUGAACUCAGGCCUUCCUCUAAAAUGAGGACAGUGUGGGCCAAAGGUGAUGCCUGGGAAAGUUCAAGAAUUGACGCUUGGGAAACUCUGCUAAUGUUGAUGUGUCUAAAGAAGUCUAGGAAUCUGAUACAAUUUUUCCAUGCAGCGUCACUUCCAAAAUGAAGUGUGAGCUAGGUGGGGAUGUAGCUUGAUUGGUGGAGAUCUUGCUUCGUUUGCAGGAAGUCCUGGGUUUGCUCUCUCACCGGGUAAGCCAGGCAUGGUGGUAUGUACCUGUAAUACUAGCAUUUGGGAGGUGAAGGCAGGAGUUGUAUAUGUGCUGGGUAGUUUUGUGUCAACUUGACUCAAGAUAAAGUCCUCUGAGAGGAGGGAACUUCGACUAAGAAAACAUCUCCAUAAGAUUGGGCUGUAGGCAAGGCUGUAGGGCAUUUUCUUAAUUAGUGAUUGAUAGGGGAGGGCACAGCCCUUUGUGGGUGGUGCCAUUCCUGAUCCUGACUUCAGUAAGAAAGCAGACUGAGCAAGCCAUGUGGAGCAAGCUGGUAAGCAGCACCCCUCCAUGGCUUUUGCAUCAGUUCCUGCUCUGUUUGAGUUCCUGUCUGGACUUCCUUCUGUGAUGAACAGUGCUGUGGAAAUACAAGCCAAAUAAACUCUUUGUUCCCUAACUUGCUUUUUAGGCAUGGUGUUUCACUGCAGCAACAGGAACCUUAACUAAGUCAGUAUACACAU